GUUUUUCUUUACGCGGAAGCAGGCCGCGUGCCAGAAGGACCAGAAGUGCAGUCGUGAAGAACAGUAUUAAGUGGAAAUCCAUUUGUAUAAGUAGACAGAAAGAAUGUCUUUUCGCCAGAAACAAGGCAGUGCGGGCAAUCGCGGCCGUAUGGACACCUACAACUCGGAUUCCAGCCCCACUUCCGUCGCGACGAGCGGCACGCUGCACAGUGAGUCCCAAGACAGUAUCUCCAACACCACGAGCUCCUCGAGUAAGCCCACGCAGAACCAGAUCCCCGCGAAACUGGCCGGGUUUUUCAAACUCCUGUCCAAGCAGAAUAGCAAGAUCGAUCGACUGACCAGAGUGGUGGACUUGAAAGAGAAUGACAACAACGCGGCCAAAAAGAAGGAACUUCUGGAGGAAAUUGAAUCGGCAAAAGUGCUGGUCGCCGAAGCGAGCGCGCUGUUCGCUCAGUUUCAGCAGGCCGGGGACCCGGCAGCCAUGUCUCUGUCGGAAAAGGAAUUGUUCAAGGUAUAACGUAUAAACAGGCUGAAAUUGUAGCUUGGGAGGAAUAAUAAAAUCAAAGGAAACUUACUUUUGUGCGAAACAAGAAUUUUUGAGCGUGAGCACCUUGAUGCUUUCGUUUUCUUGUCGCUUAUGUAGUCAACUGAGUGCAAAGAAACUACACCGAACAAACAUAUGCAGGGCCAACAGCGCAAGCUCUCCGCAUCGCUGGCGCAACUUUCCAAGGAGAACGAACGCUUGACUUCCAUCGGGAUGGAGAAGGUCGCGAAACUGGAGCGCGAGGAGAACCUCUACCCGAGACUAGAUUCCGACGACACGAUCGCUGUGAAUCUUCCAGUCGGGUCUUCGACCGCUCCGUCGUCUUCCUCGAAGGGAGCGGUGCUUUCGCCGAGAGCGGCCGCGUCUUCCACGACACUGAUGAGCACGUCGACCAAGGGUGGAGGUACUGCGAAAGGAACAAGUAGUGCCUCGUCCAGUACUAGUGGCAACAAAAGAAGCCCGACGGACACGACAACUGUAGACGGGCGACAAUUAUACAACGGUCUGAAUGCCACUUCCUCCAACGAGCUACUUCUGCAAGAGCUCGAGUCCGCGUCGAAGGAAGCGAAUUCCCAGAUCCGCGCGGAGCAGCGGAUGAUCCAGGGGGACUCCAAGCAGGAAUUCGAGCACGAGCUGAUUGCGGAGCGCAACCAGGAGAUCAGCGGCAUCCACCGUGACAUGGCGACGAUUCAAAGCCUCUACAAGGAGCUCUCUACGCACGUGGAGGAGCAGGGGCAGUCCAUCAUCCAGAUGGAAGAGACCAUCUCCUCCACCGUGGACCAUACGAGCAACGCCUUCACCGAGAUACAACAGACGGAGCGCUAUCUGCGGAAACAGACGAAGGUCUACACCUGUCUGAUGGUGCUCACGCUCAUCUGCACGUUAUUCUUGCUGUACUUUUUCUGGGACCUGCUGUCCCGGAAGCUGUUAUUGCUGUUCGAAGAGUUCGAGAGCGAAUUUGUGGGCAUUGGUGAGUUAAGUUUUUUGUCAAGAAUAAACGACGAGGCCAGUGGGGAUGACGCAUCAACUGUGGAGUGGUAUUAAGCCGCGCGCGCAGAGGCGCCACUAAAAAAAGUAUUUGACGGCAAGCACGACGAGGAGUCACCAAGCUUCGUGCCAAUUGUGGUCCAAAGAC